CAUGUGCAAACCGACGAGAGCCGCGACUCAUGGAGAAAAUUUUAGCCCUCAUAGCUGUAUCUCUUGGAAAAAAAGUUACUGUAUAUGCAGUGGGAAGGGUGAGUAUGUGCAUUUUUUGUUAUGUGAUUGAUUCUGGUGCUCUGGGAGAAAUUUUAUGUAUGGUAUAUCCAUUUCUAGGAAAUAGUGCUCUGAUCGUAAUGGAGUUUACAUCAGGUGAUUCGUGAUGUUUGUGAAGUUAAAUGAACUCCGAUCAUAGCUGACAUUUUGUGUUUCGACUGCUCAUGAAAAGGUGACUUGAUUUCUGCUAUUUAAAUUUGACUGUGGUUAGAUUAAGAACGGAACCGAUCGAUGAUUCGAGUGAACUGGCUACAUGUAGCUGAGUCAAGGGUGACGUAACAGUUCAUUUGGUUACAAAAUACUACACAUCAUGCUGGGACAAAUGUUACAGCUGUUAUAACCGUCUCUUCUCACUAGGCUAAUUUUCUGCCGUUAAUCUGCCGAAAUACCCAAAACGAAACUGGCGGAUGUCAAUAAGCUUAUGAGUUUUAGAGUUUGGUGCUUUCCAUACGAGCCGUGUAGCAAAGCUGGCUUGUCAAAGGACCAGUCUAUUGUCAUCUGUUUAUGUCAGAAAUGUCAUCCUCUUCACAACGCCGAGAUUUUAGAUCAGUAACGCUAUUUUUUCAAUAAGAAAUUUCAGCCUGGUUAACUGAGAUAAACAUUGUGAUAUCUUUCCAAAUUGAUCUCAGUAAGUGAGAUGAAGUGUUCAUACGGUGUAUUGGAAAAUUUCCUAAACAAUUUUCUUGUCUCUCGACAAGAGGAAAAAACAUCUUUCUCUAUGUCUUUACGGAGUUUUAAAUCUACUAUCUUUCUUAUUCUUUUUACACACAUGAUGCCUUUUGACAGGACAUGUGUCACAUGUGAAUGUCAUAAUGGCAUAGCUCACCAUAGAGUCUCUGUAGCUCAGUGGAAGAGCAGCAGAGCUUGGAAUCUGACAGUCUAAGGUCUGAUUCCUCAUGGGAACUCAUAAAUUUUCUUCACAUGAAGUUCAUGCCAAGACAAAUAAAUGUCUCACUGUACUUUCAUACUUCUGUAAAGGCUGACAAGAUUUAGAGAUCACAUUGAUAGUUUGUAAGCCCAAGGCCCUCUUACCAGUAGACUGUGGUUAUAAGGGCAAGGAAAUCAGUCUCAAUUUUUUUGUCUCUGAUUUGGCAGACACAGGGGACUCUAAGGGAUUUUACCAGGACUGUAUUUAAGUAUAGACCCCACUCUCCCAUAGUCAAUACACUCCACAUGGAAUUCCUUAACAGAAUCUUCUUCAGUUCACUGGAAAUAACUUAAGAAUGGUUGUAAUGCCAAAGCCAACUGAUUGAGAUGUCUAUCAUCUGAUGUCAAGCCAACUUAAUCAAACAUGAUUGAUCAGUAAAAAAUAUUUUUACCAUGUGACCAGAUCUUGGCUUGAAACCAUUUUUGCAGGAACAAAUUAGGCAAAUCUGAGUGGGUUCAUUCUAUUUUCCCCACACAGAGAGCUAGCAAUGCAAUGACAUCUAUUUUGUUUACAUUCCCAUAGUACUAUGGAUUCCCAAGACUUUAUAGAAGAUUUGCAGAAUUCAACAGAAGAGUGACAUCUAACAGACAGACCCUUAGGAGAAGACAAGAAGCCAUGAAGUUUGUGUUCAGAGUUCCAAACAAAAUCUUAGCAUUUUUCCGGUGAGGAAAUAUUUUAAUUCCUUAUACUCACAAAAACUGAAUUACACAGAUGAUGUCCCCUUAAAAGUAAUAACUCUAUGUGUAUGCAUAGAUGAUGACCACAAUUAACUGCACAUGGUGGAUGACAAGAGAUAUCCAUGCUAUUUUAAAGAGAAGGAUUUUUAGAUAAUGUUGGUUAUGAAUAAUGAGGAAAGUAAAUCACUGAUUUUGCAAAAGUUCAAGGAUAUCGGUUGCCAUAAAGCUAUUGGAUCACAUCACUCAUGUUGCAUGCAUUCAGGGUGUCGACAUGAAUUUGAGUUUGUAUCAAGUAUGUCCUCUUUUUUCAUUAAUUUUUGUUCUAUCUGUAGCUUGAACUUAACCCUUUAACUCCCAGAAGUGAUUCACUUGUAACUUCUCCCUAUAAUAUCCAUCCACUCUCCAGCAAACAGGUUAUGAGAAUACUUAAAUGUAUCAGAUAGAAGUUGUUAUCUUGAUCUAACACCUAAUUCUUGCAACUAAUUUACAAGGAAAUGUGUAGCAGCUAGAGGGGAGAAUUAACCAACAGAUCCUGGGAGUCAAAGAGUUAAAGAGUUAAUAAUAUAUUAAUAGUGACCUGGUUGUUCAAUUUUAGAGCCUUUUAGUUGUGACUGACCAUAACCUAAUGCAUCAAUCAAUUUGAAGUUUCCACCUCCCCCCCACCUCCCAUUCAGGGAACCCCCAGGUUUUAAACUUUUGGAGUUUGGUUGGUUCAAAUUCCACUCUCCUUGGAACCAAAAUGGUGUUCAAAUGUCCCAUCUAAGUGUGGGGUUUGAUUAUCAAUUUUUCUGUAAAAGGCAAAUUUGUGACUGUGGCUUUCCUGUAAGCCUUUGCUUCUGGGCCAUCUACCAGUGGAAGUGACCUUUUUACCUUUCAAUGCCCCCAUAUUAAAAGAUAAAACACAUUUAUUCAGACUUGACUGUUCAGGUGUAAAUUCCCUACCCCAACCUUUCGAGGUUCAAAUUCUUCACCUUUGGGGAGGACUGUCAGAUGCCUGUGGGUUGCUACUGGUGAGGGGGGGGGGGGAUGAAGCCUUGAAUUGAUUGGUGCAUAACCUUAAUCUAAUUCAAACAUGCACAGGCUAAUGAAACAAAUUGGAAAAUAGUUUGAGGUUUCUUGCUUUCCUGUGAAAUUGUAAAUUAUUAACCCUUUUAUUCCCAUGAGCGACCAAGACAGAAUUUCUCCUUUCAACAUCAAUACAAUAUUAAGCAGACAAGUGAUGAGAAUAAAGACAAAUGUAAAUUAGGGGAUUAG